CUCUCCUUCCCGAUCGCUCUUCCGAAGAUCUCGCCUUUUGUUCCCCCUCCCCCCCCCGCUCCCCCCCCCCUUCUCUCACUCUCUCUCGAUCUCGAUCGAUCGAAGGUAGGCUGCGGCAGAGAAAGGCCGGAUUUAGGAUACGAGAACUAGGAAGACUCUGUGACGAGGGAGACGCUGCCGUUGGCUGCCUAAUUCACUGUCGCAUAACAAUAGCUUUGUCUGGGCAUCCGAUUAAACAUGUCUCAGAUGGAUGGGCUUCAAAGGGGUAGGAUUCUCAACUGCGUCCAGGCGUUCUGUGCUGCAAGAUAUGCCAGGGAGGACAACGUUCCAUGUCAGAUUGAGGAGGGUUUGUUUCUGGGUUCAGUUGGCGCGGCGCUUAACAAGUCAGCGUUGAAAGACUUGAACAUCACCCACAUCUUAACAGUGGCCAAAUCCCUGGACCCUGCAUUUCCUAUUGACUUUGUCUAUAAGAAGAUUGAUGUGUUUGACACCCCAGGCACAGAGUUGGAUAAGUAUUUUGAUGAAUGCUUUAGUUUCAUUGAUGAAGCUAGAAGUGCAGGUGGUGGCGUGUUGGUUCAUUGCUUUGCAGGAAUGUCAAGAAGUGUCACUGUUGUUGUUGCUUAUUUGAUGAAGAAGCAUCGGAUGAGUCUUUCGGAUGCAUUGGCACUAGUUAGGAGCAAGCGACCACAUAUAGCCCCUAAUCAUGGUUUUCUUACUCAAUUGGCGAACUUCGAGAAAUCUCUUGGAGUGAAUCGAGGCACAAGUUCUAUCUAAGUUGAUCCAAAAGUCAGCAUUCGGAGGUUACUGUGAAAGCUUUGGGAGCUGGAGAGUUCUCUUAUCCAAGGAUUUCUUGUACAUGUCUUCAGAGAAUAAGAGCAUGGGAUAGAUGAACUGUUGGGACUUACAUGCCAACACCGCAGGUUCUUCACCAAGGGCUAUUUUCCUUUUCUACAAAAAAAAUUCUCACAUAUAGUAGUCACAGUAUUGUAAUAUACUUGCCUUGAUUGCAUGACACAGCAGAAAUCUGGCUUCUAAAGUGACAUGAUAUAUGUAAACAAAAUUGUGUUCUUUUCCAAGUUCAAAUGAUAAACUCAGCACAUUUGUA